AUGGACAAAAAACAAGUCCAAAGGACCAUUAACUAUACCCGAUCUUUGCAAGAUUCGCAACCGCCACCUGCUCCAGAUAUUCCUCUACUUAUAAGGCGACAACAACCGAGUGUAGCCAAUCUUGCUUUAUCUCAAACCUCUAUGCGAAGUCAGCAACAGGCGUCUGCUGCCCUCGCUCUACCUCCACACCUUCCACAGCAACAGCAGCCGGUUAUCCCUGAACUUGAAUGUUCUCAAUAUCAAGAACAAAAAUAUGAUAUCAAUCAGGGAAUUCGUUCGGAGCUGUUUGGACCUGCGCAAAAACUAUUCGCUUCAAAAGGGAUCCAUCAAAUAAUUAUUGAUGGUGAUACGGAUCAUCCAUUCUGA